UCAAGUUGUACUCAAAUGCAUCACAAAUCAGGUAACGUGUUUUUUGCUUCUGGACAGAAAUCUAGCUAUCUUAACUGCUUAGGAUGCCCGGAAAAUGUAAAUUCCAAGAUUCGUGGCUGACUAAAGACGCCUUCAAGGAGUGGCUGGUGAAGGAUGCGGAUGACAUCCAUUUCGCGCGCUGCAGGGCCUGCUGUAAAUCAAUCAAACUUCAAACCAUGGGCGAGGCUGCGCUCACCAGCCACGCGGGGGGAGCUGGACACAAGGCUGCUGUCCGCAAACUCCUGGAAGGCUCAUCAGUAAAUGAUGGAGGACAAAUGAAUGGCAGCAUGAAUCGGGCGGAGGACAACAAGGAGCCAGUGGCCAUCUGCCUUCAGCGUGGAGCUUUGGACAGAAUAACAGGAAGCUGGUCAGAUCUGCAUCAUAGCCCCACUUCCCAUAAUGCAGAGCAGCAGGACGUUACAUUUCCUGCUGCCUACUUCACUGCACCAGGAAGCUCCAGGCUCAUGGGCCAGCGUCUCCAUCCAUCAGAGGGCGAGGUGGAAGACCCAGGCUGCCGCCUUGCUCAGCAUGAGGCUUUGAACCUGUCGAGACUGGAGUACCAGCAGAGGGCUGAGGCUUUGGAGCAGCAGCAUCAGAUGAAGAUGCUGGAGUGGGAGAACAGGAUGAAGGUGCUGGCGUGGGAACAGGAGCUGCUGAGGGACAAAAGGAGAGCAGCCCGUCAGAAGGAGAAAGCUUUCAGGAUGAAGAAGGCGUACUACAAGGCCAGGCUGAGGAGGCUGGGAGAGGACGCACCCCCGUCUUCCUCCAGCAGCGGCGAUGAAGAAGAGAAAGCAUCAGAUCUGACGGGUUGAACAUUCUUAGUGUUUGUCUUUAUUCAAUAUGCUCCAAGCCCUUAAAACAUGCUGUUAUUGUAAGUUUAGUAUUAGCAUUUCUCCAUGUUUCAGACUAAUUUUAAAUUGAAAACUCACAAAAAAUUAACAAAAAAAAGAAUUGUUUCCCACAUUGAACGUUUAAAAAUUUGAUUGACAGAUUUCCAGUUGUAGGGGUGUGGAUUUCCAAUAAAUUCUCUCCUGAUUGGUAGGAGUGGUUGCCAUAGAAACCAUGACUCAGACCGAUUUGGACCAAUCACUGCUUACUGACGAUUUCUGGUUCCAACAUGGCGGCUCUCUCUGGUGAAAAAAUGGCAAAUGUUUUGACCUCAUUUGGUUGGAGGCGGAAGAAAGUCAUUAUGUGUGAGUGACAUCACGCAGUCAAUGGGUUCAUCAAGAACUGCAGAUUAAAAGGGGUGUGGUUGAAGUGGCCACGCCUCCUUUUUCUCACAUUUUUAAAAAUUAGAAUAAGCUUGGACAGCGUGAAAAAAAGGCUCGUCAGCCCCACAACCAACCUCAAAAAAUGCAACAAUAUGGUGGAAUCAAAAUUUGAAAAAGCUGAAGUUUUAAAAUAAUCUUGUCCAAAUGAAACCGAGACCAACUAGAAAAUGUUCAUAAAUUUACCAUCUUCAGGAACAGCGCCACCUUCAGUCUAAAUUUGAUUUUUUUUCUCCCUAAAUGAUUUUUUUAAUGCAUUUUUCCUCCUACACUGUAAAAAGUGAAAAAUUGUAUCAAUUAACAAAAGUUCUUCAAUUUGUUACAUUUAAAAAUAAUAAACCAUCAACUCAAAAUUUUAAUUUGAUGAAAACUAAUCAUUUUAAAUAUCGUAAACUACGGACAUUUUUUUAGUUGAUACGAUGUUUUACUUUUUGUAGUGUAGUGGAUAUCAAGGAUGGGCAAUAUGCCGUUUGUAUUCCUAAUUGGUAAAAUAAACACAACUAGACAGAGUAACAUAUUUGAAAAAUUGAAUAAUUUAAUAUCAUAGUUUUCCAAGUAUACUUUUACUUAAUGGCAAGCUUGUAGCAGCAGAGAAAAAUGUUGUUUUACUUCCUCAUACUCUUCUAAUACUGUAUGUGUUUGUCCUUUAGACACUUUAAUCCACCACUGAUACAUAGUGGCAGUUUUUUUUAGUCAAAAGUCAUUUAGGCUUAAUUAGUUUUUCAUGGAGGAAAAACAAAUUUCAAAAUGUACUGCGGUCUAAAACAGCUUUUGGUUGCAUCAAGAAACUCACAGGAAUGGAGGAAAAGGAGGAGCUGGCAGCUUUACCUUAUUAUUUUCUCUGUAAAUGACAACUUUCAGCUCAUUUUUGAUUGUCUCUAGACAGUGUUUCUUUAUUAAAUGUGCACAAAGAUGAAAAUAUGCUUAUGUGAGAACAAUGGGAAAGUCAAAGACUUAUGGGAGACUUUAUUCAUGUCCAAAGAUUUGAUGUUUUUAAGGCAUUUCAAAGACAAGUCAGUAAUAAUCUGACAUGAAUGAGCAUUAAAUUCAACAAAUAAUGUGAUGCCUGAUGCAAAAAAAUGCACAAGAUUUUUACAAACUAGAUUUCCAUCCAUUUCUCUGUUUUCUGAUUUCGCUUGAUUUCUCUGAAGGUCACAUGUUGCUGGAGCCUAUCCCAGCUAAUGUUGAGCAAAGGCAGGGUAUGUCCUGGGCAGGUCAGCAGGCUGUUGUAGGGUCAUACAACCAAACACACUCUCACAAUUCACUCCUAGGGACAAUUUAGAGUCAUCAGUGAAGCUAUGAAGAGUUUUUUUGGACUGUGGGAGGAAGUCAGAACGUCUGGAGAAAAUGUAAACUAGAAUUAUUGUUUUCAAAUAUAAUAUUUUUUUGAUGGAAUCACUAUGAAAUGUUAUUUUUAUUUAUUUAACUAAUAAACUAACUCAAAUCAAUAUGAAAACUUCCUUGAUGACUUUUUUUAAAACAAUGUACUGAAGUUACUUUGGUUGUUUGAAAAAUUGAUCUUCAUUGUGCUUUUUAUUUUUUUUUAUUUUUAGGAACACAAUUUACAAACUUUGGUCAGACUUCUUUAAACGUGUUUCUUCUAGUGCAAACAUAAACAUUUAUUUUUAGCUGAAACUAUGUUGUUAAAAGAAACAGUUUUGAAGAGAUUAGUGAAACUAACUUCAGCUUCUGUCAGCAUUCAGUAAAUAAUACCUAAUUAAUUUCGCAGAGAUAGUUAGAAAUAGUUAAAGAUAAAUUUCAAUUUCCGCUUUGUUAAAUGGGAUUAAGUAGGGAGACUGAGGUCAGUUGUAACACUUGCAGUUGUCAUCUGAUUCACACUGCACACGCUCAAUAUAAUACUUAGCCUGAAUAUGAAAAAUAUUUAUCUCCCAGCAAACAGCUAAACUUUUGAGGUAAGAACAUACCUGUUUUAUUCUAAGGAUUUUUGUAAUUACAUGGCUUGCUUUAUAGUUGAACACAUCAAACAUGUAUUAUGGUAAUUAUGGUAAUGUUGAGCUCUCUUUAAGUCAAGUUGGAUGUUGUCAUGUUUUAGUUUUCAGCCAUAUUAUGAGCUUCUUUCUCAAUAAUGCAUCUGGGGGUUGUUGUAACUCACCUGCAUGGGAGCAGUUGUACCAGUUUACUUUGUGUUUGAGCUCAAGCCACAUAUUUUGUGUUUGUAUUACGGCGAUGAACUCUGCAUCAUUUAUUAGCAGACAUAUGAAGCUAGUUUGUGUAGAAGUUUGAAGACACUGCGUUAAAUUAGCUUGAAGUUAGAGAGAGAAAUGUAACAAUAGUGACAACUUUCCAUGGUCUCCACUAAAUCUUUCCACCAGUGAGAUUGUUUUUACCUGUAUUUACCUGUCUGCACAGGUGCAGUAGAGGUGCAGAUAAUAAAAAUCAAUGUAAACAUAUUAUUAAGUCUAAAAAAUGAGCCCAGCUGCUCAGUUCUUGUGCCUAUAUAAAAAAAACAGCUGAUUCAUCAAUUCUUCAGAGGAUUUAAGUAAAAGAUUUGAAGCAAAUUUAAGAAAAUGUAAUUUACGCUAUAUAGUUUAAAUGUAUUUAAUAGAAAAAAAAAAAAA